ACACCGGCGCCGACCAAUCAACGCUCCCGCCUGAGCGCGGAGCGAGCGCGCGCCGGGGCCCAAUCACAGGCUUUGUGUUGCUCGCCGGUGCCGGGAUCAGUCGCCAGAGGUAACGGCAGCGUCUCAGCAUCCCAAAAGCAGACCGGAGCGAGAGGGAACCUGCGGGGUGAAGGCGACCAAGAAUGGACCGUAUGAGUGAGGAGGCAUUACGACUGAACCUGCUAAAGCGAGGCCUGGAGCCAGCAGAGGAGCGUAGCCGAGCUCACGAUGACGUCCUGCCCAAGAGGCUGAAAAUGGAGGGUCAUGAAGCCAUGGAGAGACUGAAAAUGCUCGCACUGCUCAAACGCAAGGACCUGAGUGGCCUGGAGAGCAGCUCUGGCACACUGGGGGAUCUGCGAGCCUCUGGAGCCAGCAGCCAUGCUGCGUUACAGAGCUACACGUCUUAUGAGGAGAAGCUGAACGGCAGCCUGAGGACGCCAGCCGUGUCCCACUCUCUUAUGGGCCGCAGCGGGAAAGAGAACAUCAGUGAUGAGCCGGUGGACAUGAGUGCCAAGAGGAGUGUAGUGGAUCGAGAACGUCACACUCCCUCUCCAGAUGUGAUCGUUUUAUCUGACAACGAGGCAUCCAGCCCCAAAGGAGCAGGCAGAGAGGAGAAAGUGAAGCCUGUAAACCUGGACAUGUUCAAGGGGAAGAGUAUAGCUGAACGUCAGCGAGUCAUUAAGGCUUUAAGAGAGGAGCUGAGACUUGAGGAGGCUCGUCUGGUUCUGCUCAAGAAACUCAGGCAGUCUCAACUACAGAAGGAGAACCUCGCCCACAAGGUAUCAGUGGUGCAGAGCAGUUCCUCAUCCAUUCAUCCCUCAGCCCACAGCUCUCAGUCUAGCAACAAAUUACCCAUCAGAUCUGGCCACACACACCACAGUGGAGAUGCCCAGAACCUUCGUGCUGCACAGGUCAGGAGGCCACAAGCUAAUUUCAGGACACAUGACCACAUACUCGGUCAGAGUGUGAUCCGGUCUGCAGCCAGUGCCUCCAUUCCCCAGAUGAUGAUGUCACAGCGAGUGGUUGCUCCAAGCCCGGGGCAGCUCCAGGGCCACAGAGUGCCAAGCAAACCAAGCAGCAUGCGCACAUCCACAGCCAGCAUCAACAGCACUGUUAACUAUCAGCAGGCCUCAAGUCAGCAGGUGUCUGUUCCCCAGCGUUCCAGCUCCUCCUCCAUCUACAUGAACCUGGCACACAUGCAAGCAGUGGGUGUGGCCGGGAUGACUGGGGGAGUUGGGGUGGCUGGUGUGACAGGUGGAGUGGGUGUUUCUGGGGUGGGCUCUUCCUCAUCUAGCUCUGUGCAAGAUGUGGCCAGCAGUCAGGCUGCAGCCAAACUGGCUCUACGCAAACAGCUGGAGAAAACCCUGCUGGAGAUCCCGCUGCCUAAACCACCUGCGCCUUUGCUCUACUUCCUGCCCUCAGCCGCCAACUCUGAGUUCAUCUACCUGCUGGGCCUGGAGGAGGUGGUGCAGAGCGUUCUUGACAGUCAGGGUAAGCUGUGUGGGACAAGUGGUCGUUUGGAGCCCUUUGCUUGUGCUCAGUGUAAAACUGACUUUACCCCUCACUGGAAGCAGGAGAAGGGCGGGCGCAUCCUUUGCGAGACAUGCAUGACAUCUAAUCAGAAGAAGGCUUUGAAAGCCGAACAUACUAAUAGGCUGAAGAAUGCCUUUGUGAAGGCUCUGCAGCAAGAGCAGGAGAUUGAACAGAGAUUACAGCAACAAGCUGCCCUGUCCACCAGUUCUACAGUGUCUGCAGCUAGUGUGAGCAAAGCUGAGUCUAUGAUGAGGCACCACACCAUCAGACAGGCAUCCUCAGCACAAGUUGCUCAGUCCCAGGUGUCCGUGCAGCGCAGUGUAUCAGCUGCAGGUUCUGGGUCAGCACGAGGUGUCCUAUCCAACUUUGCACAGGCGUCCCAGCUCGCUCUACCUGGCACUAUAAUGGGCAUGACCAGCAAACACUGCUCUACCUCCAGCAGCCGGUCACAGCAUGACAGCCGACAUCAGCUGUAUGGCAUUCCUGGAGUCAACAUUGCUUACCUGAGCUCUGGUAAUGUUGGGGGUCAUAAGUCAUCUAGUUUAGCAGACAGACAGCGAGAGUACCUGCUGGACAUGAUUCCUCCUCGCUCCAUAUCCCAGUCCAUUACAGGACAGAAAUAGGCCUUCUCUAUCACACUUAACCCCCAUAACCCCAACACAUGCACAAACAACCUUGUCAUGACAAGCUCACUCUCAUAUUCUCUCUCUCUCUCUCUCUCUCGCUCAGAUCAGCACACACACACACACACACACUCUCUUUCAAGUAUCCUGCCACGUCUCCCAGUCCCCUGUUGCAUGCAGUGCCUGUCAGUCUGCUUACCAGCUACUCUUUCUGUGUAACACAAUCAGUGACUGUAUGUGGUGAACUCCACCAGUAAACUGCAGUCACUCUCUGCAAGUAUGCAAUCCCCCUUCAACACUGCUUAACCCCUACAGUCUUCAUCACUCAAACUGCGUGUGUGUGGACAUGUUUUGUACAUUAAUGCACUUUCCGGUGAGAAUGUGUGGGGGUUUUUUUUUUUUUUUUGGCUGUUAAUGUUUUUCAAUGUGUGCAGGUGUGGUGGCAUUAUACAGAGCGAGACACAAGCUCUUGGGUGGCUUAGAAAAUUGAAUUAAAUGGACAUUGUGGGUUUUUCCCCCUUUGAAAGCAACUAUCAGUGUUUUUAAGAAGAUGGGAUUUAAAUGAAGAAGUCAUAUUAUAUCACUAUGUGGAGAGCUUUGCUUUUGGCUACUUUUAGCUAAGUGGAAUACUUACAUCCUGUUACUCACUAUUUCCUAAAGACUUUUCUCUGAGGGUUUCUUGUGCAAACAGCCUGCAGUGUCUUUUCAGGUCUGUCUUUGUCCAGUUCUUUCCCAGCAAGGAUAAGAAGUGAGCUGCAUCAUAUUCAGCAUUCAGUCCUGUGAGGUCGCAUUUACUAACUCCUUUUCCAUUCACAAACAUGUACGUGCUUUGCAUAAGAUUAUGUGCUCGUGUAUCCUUUCUUUUAUGGUGCUCUCCUUGAAUUAGUCAUUUUUCCUCAUCAAAUGAGGAAUUACUUUUAUGUCAGUCCACCUUUGACUUUAAACAUGUAUGGUUAAGUAAAAUUAUAAUUACUUAUAAGGAUAAGUAUUGAAUUUUAAAGGUGCUGUGUGUCAGAUUUUCUUCUCUUCAUCAUGCGCUUUACCGAACAGAGGAAUUUCUCAUGCACUGCCUCUUUAAGUGCACAGUGCAAUAUUGGGCAAGAAGUGAUUUUAUUUUAUUUUUUUU